GUAAAGCCCAAAUAUAAAAAUACCCGACCCAAUCAAUUUACACACUAGCUACUACUCUCAUUAGAAAAUAACUAGGGUUCUUCCUCUAUAUUCCUGUAAUUAUUCUCACCGGAGCUUAACAUUUUAUACAAGAAGAUAUACACUCUGUUUUAGCAAAUUUUGGAUUAGUUCGAUAAAGAAAGCUCUUUAGAUAUAUAUAUACAGAAGAAUGUCAGGCAGAAAAGAAACAGUUUUAGACUUGGCAAAAUUUGUUGACAAGGGUGUGCAGGUCAAGCUUACUGGUGGAAGACAAGUGGUAGGAACACUUAAAGGCUAUGAUCAGCUUCUUAAUCUUGUCUUGGAUGAAGCGGUGGAGCACCUUAGAGAUGCAGACGAUCCCCUGAAGACUACCGAUCAGAAACGAAGUCUCGGCUUAAUAGUCUGCAGGGGUACUGCAGUAAUGCUCGUUGCUCCAACCGAUGGUACAGAUGAGAUAUCGAAUCCUUUUCUCCAGCCAGACGGGGCUUAGAAGGAUCAACCUUGUCAUUUUCAAUUUAGCGUAACUGUAAUGCUAUAUCGAAGCAAAGCUGUAACUAGUGAAAAUUGUCGUCACAAUCUGAGAUUCUGAGUUCCUGCUUUCAACGAGACCUUCUUAGCUUAUCGUUCAUUUCGCAUUGUCGAUAUAUUUCCUUGAUGUGAAAUUUUAUUUUCACCUUGUGACAA